UUUCAGAAUGCAAUUGACUGGCAGGUAACUCAAACCAGGAAAAAUGAAAGGGGUUGGGGGGAGAGAGACUACUAUCUAAACUGGUAAAUAAAGUUAGAAGGCAUCACACACUGAGAAAGGACUAAGUUAUACACAUCCAGAAAGAUCAGGCAGGUAGAUUAGCCAGGGCAAAAUCGCACACAGAAAAGAUGGACACUGACACAAAAGAGGAUAGAGGUACACACUGGAAGACAGAUGAAGGCAUGUGGUGGAGACGGGCUUGCACUCAAAGCAGAGGGUCCCUGGAGGGAAGGAAGUAGGUUAGGAUGUUGGGUCAGGAUACUUUGUUUACCUGUCUGUUUUUCUUCUCCAUAAAGGCCAUGGCUGCUGGGCUGACCAUAUGGUCCCUCAUUUCCUGGGAGUGAGGGUAGCAUUAGAGAAUGAAAAUACCACAACCUCCCCAUACUUAACCCACUGGAAAACCUUCUCACCUGAACUGCCUCCCGCAUCCGUUCCACAAACACCUUUCUCUCCUGCAAGUCUCCGGAGGGAAGCUUGAACUUGCCUGGGUUGGCUUCCACUAUGCGUAAGCCGCGAGUCAUGAGUCAAGGCCAGAGCCAGAAACAACCCCCUCUUCUGCCUCCCGCCCUCACAUGCCCUCCCAGGUGUCCAGCCUCCCACUGUGGUGACUCCCACAGGCCCUGGCCAAAGCAAUGGACUCUCCCAUGCCUCCCUUCAGUCCCCCUCCACCCCGCCGCCCAGGAUAUCGAUGGUUUCCUCCAGGUCCUCAAGAUCCCACUCGAUGCUGCGCAGGCUGUUCCGCAGUUCAUUAGUCGUCCAGUCCAGCUCCUCGCGUCCGACCGCCGCGCCCUCCUGCAGGAGCUCGCACCAGCGCUGGUACAGUCCGCGGGCAGUGUUCACCGCCUUCUGCACCUCACUGCGGGCAGGGGCACAGUAAGCACGACCGGGGGCAGGUGGUCCCCCAGUCACACGCACCCGAAAAAGUUGGGGAUUCAGGAGGCUCUCAUCUCCCCCUGCGUACCUCUCCCACUCUGCCACUGGGCGAACCGCGUAACCCGACGGCCAUGCCCAGACCGCCCGGCACGCUCCGCUGGACCCGGCCACCGGCUGGCAGCGGGACUGAGCACCCUCUGACGUCUCCCAUCGCUGUCACUCACCCUCGGACUACAAAAAAAGGAUCUUCCAGAGACAUGUUACUCUCCCGCACGUAGCCGAGCUCCCACACCUCUCGGCCUUGUUCGCGGGUUCCCGCCCACUCCUGUCAGGUGACCGUGCCACCAUCGAGAGUAGUUCCUCCACGAGAGAAAGAGGAGCCUUGGAAGGCCUCGGAGUAGACACUUCCGUCUUGUCGGCGACCAUCUUGCUUACGGGCGCAGGCAACUUCCGGUGCACGGCCCGCGCUGCACCUCCAAGUUCUUUCUUUUUCUUUGCCUGUUCCCCCUACCCCUGCAAUCCAGUGGUUUAUUUUUGGCUUGGCUUUGGGUCAGAGUUCGCAAAGUCUGGGUUCGAGACCCAGCCCCUCGGAUGGUUGGUGCACUGCCUUAGUUUCCCUCUGGGCGCUAUAAAUAACAGCCUCCUACAAGUCAGGCCAGCUUACGUAUGGAGAAAGGCUCAUUCGACUCGCAGAUUCUCUUAACCGACUCCAUGAGCCAGCCUGCACCCGGGUCCUAUCCUGGGAGAUCGUUCCGGCCCAGGAUCGUGGGUGGCAAAUUUGGGAAGGAGUGGGAGAGGCUGUCCUCCCCACCUUCCCGCUGGUGCUGGGGUCUUCGGCAGAUGGCGUCAAUGGGAGCCUAGAGGUUGCUCCUACCAACCGGCGGGGUCUUUACCGGGCGACACACCUUCCUGCCCUCGGGAGAGAAGGAAACGAAACCUUCCUUUCGCUCCCCGCUGGUUGGGCCGGACGUAGAUCCGGAAGCCCCCGGCGGCCCGUCUUGUUCAGCCCGAAGUCGCCGCCACCCUCGCCCCCGCCGUCGACCCGCCAUGGAGGUGCAGAAGGAAGCGCAACGCAUCAUGACCCUGUCGGUAUGGAAGAUGUACCAUUCGCGCAUGCAGCGCGGAGGGCUGCGGCUGCACCGGAGUCUGCAGCUGUCGCUGGUCAUGCGCAACGCCCGGGAGCUCUACCUCUCGGCCAAGGUAGAGGCCCACGAACCCGAGGUGCCCUUGUCGCCCACCGGCUCCGCUGAUACUCGCCGGCACCCGCCGAGGGGAGUGGAAGCCGCAGCCGAAGCAGCGGCCCCCGACGGUGAGCAGCCUUCUCCAGAGCCCAUGGACAUCCAGGAGGUACCCAGAGCCGAAGAGACCCUUGCCCGCUGUGACCCACGCCCCGCCAAAGUCAGCCGCAAGCGGCGGAGCAGCAGCCUGAGCGACGUCGGGGACGCCGGACUGGUGCCGAGCAAGAAAGCUCGUCUAGAAGAAGAGGCAGAGAAGGAAGGGGCGUCUUCGGAGGUUUCUGAUCGCCUGCAGCCGCUUCCAGCUCAAGCGGAGGGCGCUUUCCCCAAUCUGGCGCGUGUCCUCCAGAGGCGCUUCUCCGGCCUACUGAACUGCAGUCCCGCCGCCCCCCCGACGGCGCCGGCGGCGUGCGAGGCGAAGCCGGCCUGCCGCCCGGCGGACAGCAUGCUGAACGUGCUCGUGCGGGCCGUGGUGGCCUUCUGAGGGACCCGGAGCGGCGCUACCAGAGCAGAGUGCGCGCCAAAGCGUCGGCCGGAGUGCGCAGACCCGAGGCGAGGCCCAUCCCCGGGGGAGCGCUCGCGGAAACCGUGGAGAGGAGCCGCCGCCCAGGCUGCUGAGAGGCCCAGAGAGGGACUCUGUCCCUGGGGAGGCAUCGCCAUCUACGUGCAGCGGCGGCACCGAGGAGCCUGAGCCCGGGGCGCGGCCGCCUUCCUCUGAGACCUGCCGCGCCCACAGGUGUUGUCUUAACGGACUGGGAUGUGGACCUCUCCCUCUCCUUCCGGGACUGGGAGACAGGAGGCUUGGUUCUUUCAAAUCCUCAGGGUCGGACUUUAUCAUUACCAUAUUUUAAAACCAGGGGGCCUGUGCUGCCCUUGCAAGGUAUUUCAAUAGUUGGUGUGUUUGCGUUUCCAACCUCGGAGAAUUCCAGGCGCUCCCCUUCCCCCUUCAGUGACAUACUUGUGCAAGCGGUCAUCGUUGCGUCAUGGGGCAGACGUGGGGAGCUUCCUGUUGCCCUGCGUGGGUGUGGGGCCUGGGAGGAGGGCCCAGGGUGUGGACCGCCCCGGGGAGUGGGAGGAGGGCCUUCUGAGUCACUUCGCCCCGGCGUCCUGUGGUUUAGUAUCGCGGGCCCCAGUGCUAUCGAGGUGGGGGGAGGGCUGGUGGUCUAAUUUCUGGUUAAAAUCUUUCUCGUCUGUCUGGUGCGUUAGAGGUGGGAAUAUAUUCCACCGAGAGUGAUCCUCAGACACAACUUGAAAGGUCUUGGUCUAAAUCAAAUUGGG